AUGGGCGACGCAUCGGUAGUUAGCACCUUGGCCAAAGACCCUGUUUACAAGGCCCUGAUAGCAAUGAACUUGACGCAAGUUCUGGAUGGCCUCGAGGGGUUCACGAUAAGGACGCAGGAAGAGGCACAAGCCAUGAUGGACGCGGUGCGCAAUGAGCUCAAGAAGGUUCACUCUUUUCACUUACACUUCGACUUGUAA